AUGUCGAAAAGGACCGUCUUCACCACCAUCACGCCCUUGCCCGCGGGUGUAACACGGCAAGUGGUGCUCGAAACGCUGCACAACCAUGUCGAAAUGAUCGACCUCAACCCACUCGUCAUCGAACGUCAUAUCUGCCCUCCGCCUCGCGACGCCAACGCAGAGGAGUUCCACUGCACCUGGUACUCGCUCACGGACCGCGUCAGCUAUCUGCCCGGCAUCAACGGCAAAGUGACGUACAACGCCUGUUUCCACGACCUCGCCAAGGGCGUGCAGACGCACGUCUACGCUCCUCUUGGUCUCGACAUCAAGGAGAAAUGGUCCGUCGGGGGGAGCUUGCCCGGCGAGGCUGCCGAGCCCGUGGAGCUGGGGCUCGGGGUCCCGAAGCAGGGCCUCUACCUGCGCGAGGACUGCGACAUGCGCUGCAACAUCAUGUUGACCAAGUUCGUCCGCGGCACCCUGACCAAAGCCCAUUCGGUGCUCGUCGACCGCCUGGUGGAGAAGGCCGGCCUGGAACAGGUCAAGGUCGACAACCAGCGCAUAUCCGUCGCCAGCAGCGAGCCCGCCUCGCUCCAUUCCAACGACGUCGGCACCGCCACCGGCUUCCCCGCAUCCCCGACCCUCUCGUCGUCAGGAACCUUCAGCGACACGGCGAGCCUCGACCACGCUGCUACUCAAGCCCAGCCCGCCCCGGUGCAGCCUCCACAGUAUUCCGAGCUUCCGAAAUACGCAGAGCUUCCCGGCCCUCCGCAGCCUCCCCAGCAACCAGCUCCGCAAUUGCCGCCUGUCGAGAAGCCAAAGAUGUGCGCCGACGGCUCCUUCGUUCCCGAGCCGUUGAACCCGCGCAAGGCCCAGAGGCACAGCUACAUGGCCUACCAACCCGCCCAGGCACACGCCGCGACGAACCGGAACUACGCCGCCUACCGACCUCCGCCGCCGCAGCACGGCUAUUCUGCAUAUCGUCCCACCAACGCGCAACCGCGGCACCUUUCGGCUCAGCAGUACUCUACGCAUAGUAGAUCUCAGUCUGCUGGUUCUGUGCCGCACAUUUCCGUCAGUUCGCCCGCCGAGCUGGAGGGCUGA